AUGCUUGUAUACGGUCGAUCCUUUCUCGGUUCAUCUGGCAUGGGGGAGCCACACUCCGGCGUGGGACUUGCCAAUAAAGCACUCGGCAGCUGGGAGGAUGGCGUUUGGGACUACAAGGCAUUGUCCAAGCAGGGCCUCACGGCCAUGUACGACGAGAAGGCACAAGCCUACUACGGCAAGCACCCAUCUGGUCUCUGUGUCUACUCGUAUGACACUCCGGAGGCGGUCCAGAAAAAGGUGUCGUAUCUAAAACAGCAUGGUCUGGGAGGGGCAAUGUUCUGGGAGGCAUCAGGAGACGGGAAAGGGCAAGAAUCAUUGGUGGAAGCGAGCUUCAGAUCAUUGGGAAAUACUGACGACACAGAGAAUCUACUUGUUUAUCCUGACUCAAGAUACAAAAACAUUGCCGCAGGCUUGGAAGCAGGAGUUAUGAUUUAA